AUAUUCACCGUCUGCCACACAGACAGCACACAUUUGCCGAAGGCUAGGGUAGUGCUGGUAUGUCACCAAGCCGCCCCUGCAGCCAGUGAGGGAGCCGCCUCUCCUCCCUCUCCCGACCCGGAUGUAGUGCGCGGAGGGACCCAGGCUGCCGCUGUAGCAGCAGAGCGCAGGCUCAGGACGGGCCGGAGGCAGCAGCUGGCAUGCGGUGUACGAUGAGACACUGAGCCGCUGCUCCUCCGUCACUGUCCUACCAGCCAGCUCCUCUCUCCGCUGCGACAUGGCGCCUAUGGGCAUCCGCCUGUCCCCGCUGGGGAUCGGGGUGUUCUGCUUGCUCGGGCUCGGGGUGCUCUAUCACGUGUACUCCGGGGUCCUGACUUGGCGGUUCCCCUCCUUCCUGCUGGGGGAGCGGGCGGAUAGCGCCGUGGACCUGCGGGAGCUGCUUGCGGUGUCGGUGCAGGCUGCAAAGCUGGGCGGCGUGGAGGUGAAGACGGUGCGGGAGAGCAACAAGCUGAACGAGAACCUGAAGGGGAAGACUAGGGAGGGGGCGGAUGACAAGAUGACCCGGGGGGAUCUGCUCUCCAACAGGAAGAUGUACUAUCUCCUCAAGAACACCUUCCCCGGGGUCCAAGUGAACACUGAAGAGGAUCUCAAUGAAGAUGACAAGGAUCCGGUUAUGUGGGAUCGUACUUUUCCUGAUGAGAUAAAAGAUAUAAUCAAGAAUCCAAAAUUGGUGCCUACAGAAAGUAUCACGGUAUGGAUAGAUCCACUGGAUGCAACACAUGAGUAUACAGAGAAUCUCGUUAAUUACGUCACUACUAUGGUGUGUGUUGCUGUGGAUGGGAAACCAGUUAUAGGUGUGAUACAUAAACCUUUCACAGGUUAUACUGCUUGGGCAAUGGUGGAUGGAGGGUCAAAUACAAAGAAGCGGGCCUCCUACAAUGAGGAAACUCCGACUAUCAUUGUGUCUCGAAGCCAUUCCGGGAAGGUGAAAGAUGUGACCCUUCAAUCCUUUGGCAAUCAAACUAAAAUCAUAUCUGCUGGAGGUUCAGGUUAUAAAGUUCUUUCAUUGCUUGAUGUGCCAGGAAAUGACCAAGAAACUGCUGAUGUGUACGUUCACGUCACUUUCAUCAAGAAAUGGGACAUUUGCGCUGGAAACGCUAUACUGAAUGCACUCGGUGGUCGCAUGACCACUCUUAAAGGUGAAGAAAUAAUUUAUAAUGGAUUACACGGAAAUGAGGGGGGGCUGCUUGCCAGCAUUGGGAUGGACCACAGCGCACUUGUUGAAAAAUUUGCUCUAAAAAUUUCACCCAAGUUAAAAUAAAAUCUAUUUAUAUAAACACACACAAUGGUACAAAGGGACAUUAAAGACUUUCAUUUGUGUUUCCGAAAACUGGAGUUAAGCCAGUGCUGGGACAGUGUCAAUGCAGUUUAGUGCAUACAGAUCUGAAGACUUUGUUUUCAAAGUAUUGUUUUUGCUGUAAAUUUCUGAGUUGCAGGAUGCCAAAAUGAGCACAUUUUGAUUUGAAAAAAACUAUUUUAAAGUAGUAUUGAAUAUGGAUAACAUAAUCUUCUUUUCAGAUUCUGCUUUCAUUGAUAUCUCGUGGGAAUCUGGCGCCUAAAAUAAUUUUUUUCCCCCCACUAGAGCCUUCUUGAUAACAUUAAAAAUAACAAAAAGCAUUUUGCCGUGUUGCUUUUUUACCACAUAAAAUGUUAUCUGAAAUAAACUACGAUUUAAUUUAUACAAAACUUAAGUGUCUCGCUGUUAAGGAUUGCCAUGUAUUUUUCUGAAUUCUUUAAAUAAAUAUUAGUAAAAAGUA